AUGACCUGGAUGGAGUCGCCACAGACUGCGAAUGUCUUCGGGGCCUCGAUCACGACGGGCAUCGCCGCGCGCACAGCCUCGGGGUCCAGCGCGAGCAGCGCGAGCAACAGCAUCAGCAACAGCAACAACGGCGGUGUCACCAACUCGUCGUCGUACAAGCGCGCCAGCCGCAAGGGCGCGCCGCGACGCUUUGUGUGCGACCACGCCGGCUGCGACAAGAUCUACUCGCGCGCCGAGCAUCUGCAGCGCCAUCAGCUGAACCACAACCCCAAGGAGAUCUACCGCUGCGACGUGGGCGACUGCGACCAGAAGUUUGUGCGACUCGACCUGCUGUCGCGCCACAAGAAGCGACACACGGCCUCGUACACGCCGCGGAACCGCAUCCCCAGCUUCGACACUGGCGGCGAUGUCACGAUCAAGUCGCCGCCCGAUCGCCAUAGCGUCGCCGCCCAGCCGCAGCCACAGCCGUCGUACAGUCAGCAUCACCACCAGGUGUCGACGUCGGGGCCUCACGAUGCCGCCAUUCUGCUGACGCCCGACUCCAACACGGGCUCGACGCCCGGGCCGUUGAGCCAUCCGCUGACGACGGGCAGAGCAGCCCACCCGGCCACAACAUGGGCGCCGUCGCUUGACGACCGCACGGCUUCUAGCAACAUCAUGCGACACAGGCCGAGUUUCUACGCAACCGACCCGUCGGUUCUGCCGGAGUCGUCGGGGAUGGUGGACUUUGGAGGUGUUGGGUAUCCUGGCGACGACUCCUUGUCACAGGGCAACUUUGCAGCCUGGCUAUUCGAUCCCCAGACCACUUACAGUGAUUUUAGCAUGGCAGGUCUUCCUUUCCUUGAAGGAGGCCUGGAAUCCACCUUCAACAACAAUAUUCACUACGACUACGAGUCCCUCACCAGCCUGUCACCCAUGGACCAACCUCACCGACUCUCCGAGUCAUCGUCAGACGACUGGAUCACGGAAUCAAGGCGGCAAGAGCUGCUUCACUGGUUUCAGACCUUCCGCAAGAAGCAGCCGCGAUACGAGCCAUUGAUGCCCAACCUGGUCCUCGAAAGCGGCGGCGACUUGCCCGCGCUAAAUGUGGACAUGAUGAGAGACUGUCUCAAGGAAUUCUGGGAUAAUGUUUCACCUCGACUCCCCAUUAUCCACCAACACACAUUUUCUCCGAACCGAUGCCCCAUUUUGCUGCUUCUUGUCAUGAUUUCUCUUGGAGCAGCAUCAUUGCGUGGACGCGAUAUGACGGGGCAACUAUCAGAAUAUGGCCCGUUUGCAGAUGUAAUCAUAUCUUGUGUGCGGUGGGAGAUUCUAACCUCUGAUGAUUCCGCGCCGCCUGCUAGCCUUUGGGUUUUACAGGCUCUCUUACUUCUUGAAUUUUACGAAAAGCUGUAUUCGUCUCGAAAACUUCAUGAGAGGGCGCACAUCUACCAUCCAGCAUUCUUAACGCUGCUCAGGCGCGGAAGCCCCUUGAUUGGCAGGACGGGUAGCGAAUCUCCUCCUGAGCCAGACUCGCUGGGUCCGGAUCGAGAAACCCCAAACAUUGCGCUGGAUUCUCGGACAUGGUGGGCUCGAUGGGCAGAGACAGAGUCCAUGCAUCGGGUGGUGUUUGCAGCAUUUAUGCUCGACGUCAUUCACGCCGCAAUGUUUGGCCAUGCCGCUGACAUGGCGCCUCACGAGAUUCGACUGCCGCUUCCCUGUGACGACAACCUCUGGGCGGCGAAUAGCCCCGAUGUCGUUCGCCAACUGGAUGCUAACUUUAGGAUGUACGGCGUAAAGCAAGUAUCUUUCCUCGACGGCCUGAAAAGUGCCCUGCAUGGAAAGGAAGUGAAGACGCACUCGUUUGGACGCAUGAUUAUCAUUUCGGGGCUGCUGAGCGUGGGGUGGCACUUGAACCACAGAGAGACACACUUAAAAUGGCUGGAUAUCCGAACGCCAUCGAUGGAGACGCAGGAGAAUUGGCGAAAAUUGCUGCUCAGAGCAUUCGACAAUUGGAAGGGCAGCUUUGACAUUGCCAUGUCAGACUCCAUCUCUGAUGCCCCUGGCCACCGGGGCAUCCCGAAUGGUCCCAUCAACAGUGCCUCGGUCCUCUACCACCUCGCUCACAUAAGCCUUCAUGCCGACAUUGUCGAUUGUCAAGUUUAUGCCGGCGCCAAGCGUCUUCUCGGCCGUAAAGUCUCAUCCAGGGAUUAUUCCAAUGUUAUCAAACGCAUGAGCGCCUGGUCAAACCAGGGAUCGACCCGCCAUGCUAUCCUCCACGCCUUCAAGCUCCUCUACCGCGUCGUCGUCGACCCUCACCCUCGGCGUCGAAACAGUCCUCACCCGCCCGAACACGCCGCCAUGCAGUAUUCUAUCCGUAACGAGCCAGACCCUCACCGACCGUGGAUCAUGUAUUACGCUGUGUUGGCUAUUUGGGCAUUUGUGCAAGCGUUGGGGCGCCCUCCCGGAAAGGGCUUUCCCUUGCCAACGUCGCAGCUUGGACACAGCAGUUAUGCGCGUAUGGUGGACUACGUAUCUAGUGUUGCUGCGCUACAUGAGCUCGAUGAGCAAUCGUCAUCGGUGUUAUAUGAGGGCUUGCCAGAUUUACUUGAUGUGAUGGUGGACAUUUUAGAAGAGGCAGAUACGGAAUUACUGUCGGAAGCACGGGAACGGUUAAAAGUGUGCAAAGAGAUGCUGUUGGGAGGACUGCCCCGGCAGCUUCACUGA